AUGCGAGGCUUGAACGUGGGCAAUCCCAGACUGUGUUCAACGCAGAACGCCUCAGAUAAUCUUUGCGUCUUCCUGUCCACCGCGAGUCUCCAGGUCGGCGUCUGGGAGCGGGCCGACUGCGAGCGCACCCGGUUGGGCUUUGCCUGCCAGCUGGCCACGCACCGCCCCUCCCAGCCGCCUCAAGGCACCCUCGAAAACGACGCGGCGUCUCCAGGUCCGCUCAGUGCCGCCAGCGACGACCAGAGCUGCUAUUUAGGGACCUGCUACCGUCUCCUACCGGAGGCUCCGAAGCGAACGUACUUCGAGGCAAAGGCAGCCUGUGGAGACGCCGAAGUAGCCCUUCCCAGGAACCCCUUAGAAUUGGCAUUCCUGCGAGCGAGGCUCGCCUCGGUGUCAAGCGUCAAACGUGUCUGGCUCGGAAUCGAAAUUGAAUUUUCCCAGGGCCACCUGGAGUUUGCUCGUGGACUCGUGCUGACACCCUGGCUUACUGGUGCCAUUCAUCGGUCGUUGCCGCUCUCGUUUUUCCAAUCCACAAGCAACCACUCUGAGACCUUCUGCCUUCAAAUGGACGUUGCACCAUCUUCAUCCAAGGAUCCCUUCGUUGCUGUUCCUUGCACGGAGGCUGGCGCCUGGAAUGUGACAGCUUUUUGUGCCAUCACAGAGACACCGAGGCGGGCAUGUGGCGAUGACAACUGGUACCAGUUCGGAGAAGAGUGUUUCGCUGUGUUGAGUGGCUGUGGAAACAUCUCCGGUCCAGCCAACUUGAAGACACCGGAGCAACAGGCGUUCGCUGCCUGGCUCAUCGCCUCUAGUGACUAUUCAGACGAAAAAGUACUAAUUGGAGGCACGGUGAACACUGCUUCUCCACUGAGCAUUACCUGGUCAGACGGAUCGGUGGGGACUGGUUUUAAUCGUUUGAAGCCUGCUCUCUGGCAAAAGGACGUUUCCCGAAACGGCUUGUGCCUCGCAAUGGAGCCGCGCACAGGCUGGUGGGUUUUUAGCGAGUGCGAGAAGCAGGAAUUUGUGCUGUGCAGUGCUCCCACGCCACUGGAACCCACAUUACCAGCAUCAGUAGAACAGAACACAUUUGCACCCGACACUACAAUCUCAUGCCCAGAGGGCUACUUUCUGCGCCUGCCAAAGGAGGACCCAUCGCCAGUAACGUGUUACCGAGUGGUUCUUGGUGGGGUCCGAUCCCACACCCACGACUGGAGGACGGCGGAGAGGACCUGCAGGCAGGUUUCGGCGGCCGGCGACGCGUCCAGCCGGUGGGUCGGCCACCUGGCCAGUCUGCCCAUCGCCUCGAUCUCAGACGAGGUCCUCUCCGUUCUGCGGCAAAGAGGCAUCGAAACGGGCAUCUAUGCGCUUGAUAACGCCAGCAAAUUGCCAGCCCACAUGAUUCACACCUCAGACCUGGUUUGGAUUGGCCUCUCCAGGACGGAGAGCAAACUCUUCUGGAGGAAGUGGACCGAUGGUUCUGACGGCGACACUGCCUUCUACGAAGAUCAAAUUCGACAGCAGCGUUCCUUCUUUGCAGACAGUCCUGGAUAUUUCUUCGACCACGGUUCCUGCAUCGCGUUGCACCUCCCAUCGGGCACGUGGUACCCUCUGCGCUGCACCCUCGAUCUGGGCUACCUCUGUCAGGCAGUUUUGACCAGCAGUGACCAGCCCGAAGAAGUGACAGAAAAUGUUGACACGCCGAGUUGCCUUGUCCAGCCAAACGGUCUGCAUUCCGUUCUCUCAAACGAGACCGGCUUCAUUCACGACCCCGUCGUCGACUGCAGCGCGCCCGGAUUUACAUUUUUCAACGGGCAAUGCUUCCGGGUAGGCAAAUACAGCGUCUCUACUGUGUAA